UCGGGUUUGUAUUUUGGCUCCGUUUCACCGCAGACUAACUUGUAUUGUGUACGCCAUGUGUGUGGGUAAUUGUCGCUCAGUUUGGGGCGUGUACAUUUGCACCGCGUUUAGUUUGGAACCCACGACCAGUACACAAGGAACCUGACGAGCGGGUGAUUGGUAGAUAACAACCCGUAGUACCAAUGACUACUAAUGAAGAACGGAACACUCACACAGUUUAUAAGCAGGAGAUUGACACUUGAGUUACGUCACUGUUCUGAGCUCACACCCAGGCUUCAAGUACCCCACACACUGCCGGGCGUCCCGAGCCGCGGAACGGUACCCGAUGAUUGGCGUUGACAUCAAUGUUCCUCGGAGUUUUUGACGUAUAGUGCCCACUGUUCACUUCGCUUGGAGUUUUUGCUCAAGGGUCGAUCCAACCACCUGGAAAUCAAUAACAGGAUCAUUAACUGACUACCAAGAUGGAAUAUCUGCCAAUUAUAACCUGCUUCGUAGGAAUGCUCAUCGCAUUAUUACCCACCGUCCUAGCGCAGCAGCCGAUGUACAUUGCAACGUUCAGUAUGGCUGGCUACUCAGGAAAUAUAACGUUCACACCGUCAGACACGAACACUACCAUCAGUGUGUUUAUGACUCUACCAGCCAGUAGUACCUUCAACUGGGCAAUACACGAGCGACCCACCGUCUACGAUCAGCGACCGGCAUGCGGGGAGAAAUUCAUCGGCGACGUCUUCCAGGACCUCACGGCAGCGCACGGGAAGCUGACGGGAUCAACCGGUGUCCUUGAAGAGGAGUUUACCAGCACCCAACUGCAACUGACGGGUGUCAACAGCAUCUCUGGACGGUCGCUCGUCCUGCAGAAGGAAGGGUCUUCAACGCUAACGCUAGUCUGUGCCAAUAUUCUGGACUACGGCAGCGAGGUAGUGACGGGGGUUGCACGGUUCAUGUCGCCCUUCGCCGGGACCGUCACGUUCCGUCAGAUACAAUACCCUUCCCAGGCAGACACCAGCAUCCUAGUUGAUUUAUACAACGUGGUGGACACCAUGGAGACUCAAACAUACCACUGGAGCAUCCAUAGAGCUGUUUCCUACACGGCUGGUAUGACCCUCAAAGACAGAUGCCAAAACACGGAGACGAGUGUCUUUGCAGACCUUACCGGUGACAUCACGGUGACAUCAACAGACGCAAGUCGGACAAAGUAUCUCAUCGACACAACGCUACUUUUAAAUGAUAACACAAACUCAAUUAUUGGGAAGAACUUGGUGUUUACGGAUACCUCAGGUACUUUUAUCGCCUGCUCACCGAUUCAAAAACUACUCCACAAAACCGUAAGUGCCACCAUCAGCGUAUCGGGUGUAUAUGGGAACUUAGAGUUCACCCAGCGCUCCCCGUACGACCCAACGAUUAUAUCAGUGAAUUUGGCAAAACUCCAGGGACUGGCAGGCGGUUACCACGUCCAUGAGUACCCAACUACAAGUCGGGUCACCGCCGCUGAUCUACCGGCUAGUAAUGAUAACGUCGGCGGGCAUUUCAACCCAUUCGAUGUGGUGGCCAGUAACUCACCAGCGCCCGGUACCGGCACCAAUGACCAGUACGAGGUUGGGGAUAUAAGCGGGAAGUUUGGUAAGCUUACCGGUCUGUACACGUACUCAGCUGAGUUUAUCGACUGGAACCUGCCACUUUAUGGGAAAUACAGCAUCAUUGGACGCUCCAUAGUCAUCCAUAAAACAAUCGCCAACGAGAGGUGGGUUUACGGGAAUAUCAACUACCCGACUGAUGUCAUAACAGUCCAAGCUGACUUUAGGUACGUCGUAGCCGGUAAGAUUGUGUUUCGCCAGGACCCCAGUGACCCGUACUCGGAUACCACAGUCUACGUGGAGGUAUCACACGCUGAUGGAAUGGACACCACAAUUUACCACAACUUCCACGUGCACAUGAAGCCCAUCGCCAACGACCAUGAUUCGGAGGACGGUCGGUGCAGCAGUACGGCAGGGCAUUUUAAUCCUUUCGUAGACGCCAGCAAGACGAGCUACGGUCAAUGUGUACCCGAUUUCCCACUGCGAUGCGAGGUGGGGGAUCUCUCACGGAAAGCCACAUCCAUCAAUAUCCCAAGUGCUUCAACUGGUGUUAGCGGGAAAUAUUUUUUUACCGAUACCCUCCUUCCACUUAGCGGAGUAUACUCCGUAUCAAACCGAUCUGUUGUGAUACAUACACCUGAAAGAGGUCCUCCUAGAUACGCUUGCGCCGAUCUACAUUUGGUUCCUCCUGUUUCCAUUGCAACGGGGUCCUGGACAGAGGGUCCGGUCACGGGCAAGAUGACCCUCACCCAAGGGUCGGAGUUUGACCGGACCAAGCUUACCGUGGAUGUAGCGGGACUCUCCCGGAUGGCUAAAGGGUGGCAUAUCCACGUCCUGCCCAUCGACCAAACCAACGUGGAAGGCCCAUGCAGUGGUGCGUCCGUCCAGGGUCAUUACAACCCCUUCGGCAUAGUGGGCUCCCCGGUUACGGGUACGAACGAUAUGUACGAGGUUGGUGAUUUAAGUGGUAAGUUUGGAUCAUUCGUUGGAGACGAGGUUGUUUCGGAAGUCUACAUGGAUUCGAACCUGGAUCUGAGUGGGCUGCGCAGCGUGAACGGUAGAUCGAUGGUUAUACAUAGAGACGACGUCACUGGUUCCCGAUGGGUCUGCACUGACAUCGAUCGUGUAUUAACUGAUGAUGACUUCACGUUAGUGGCUCGUGCUUCAUUCAGUGGUGAUUCUAUUUCUGGUGUCGUUAUAAUGAGACAAACCCGGUUCGCAUCUGGGUAUGUCGGUGACGCAACAAUAGAAGUCGAUCUUUCUGCAGCCGAGGAUCUUGAAUAUGAUCUUGUGAUCCACCAUGGAGAAACACGUACGAAUAGGGUAAUCUACAACCCCUACCAAAUUGUGGAUCAAGCGUGUUCUAUCAGUCGAUUGGGACUGUGCGCCGUGGGUGAUUUGACCUCGAAACACGGCACCGCCAUCACCAACAAUCGCGCUCUCUACACCGACACCAACCUCCCACUAUUCGGACUCAACUCAGUUAUUGGUCGCAAUCUUGCGGCAGGACCCAGGACCGGCGGGAGCCAGACUAGCUCACUCAUCGCCCCAGAACCAGCUUUGGGCAAAAAGAUGACACACAACUUUCCUGCCAGAACAGAGUAUGAUGCGUAUGAAUUCCAAUCCAUCGUCGCUCGAGAAAUUGCCAGCGGAAACACGUGGCAGGUUGUGACGUCCGAGGAGCCUAAGAUGUCUACCGUGUUCACAGACUGCAGCUCGGUUGGAUUUUGGCUGAUAGGCCCAAAUGCUGAAGAUUUAGCCACCGCUUUCACUGCCGCAGCAGAGACAGGCAAACUGGAAUCAUAUAGUUCAACCAAACUAUGCUCGGCAGAUUCUAGUGGCGUCAGACAGGCAGUUCCGUCGACUCUGAUUGUUUUCAUUUCUACUAUUGUGUGUGUUUGUACAUUGAGGUCUCUUCAAUAUAAUUUUUAAAAAGAAAAACUUUUGGAAGUUUAGAGGAAAAUGUUUUAAUUCACUUUUUUUCUCAGAUUAUUGUAAAAUUUAAUUGGAUUGGUGAUCAGCUUUUCACGUAGCUUUUAUACGUAUUUUUGUUAUGGUUUGUCGAUGUAUGCUAGCGACAAGAGUAAAACAUUUGAAAUUUUAUGUUGUUCAGAUGGACAGCGUUUUUUAACAAAAAUUUACAUUUUCAACAAAAUGUACGAUAUCAGUCCAACCAACGAUUUACCAAUCAAUUUAAAGGAACACAUUGCCUUGGAUCGGACGAGUUGGUCUAUAAAUAAGCGUUUGUAACCGUUAGUUAUGA